AUGGAAUCAACAAAAUAUAAUAAGCUUGGUGAUCGUUCUUUGGGUGCUAAACGUGUUGAAGUCAAAGGCAAAAAGGUAGUCAAAGAUCCAACCAAGAAAACCGAUCAAGUGAAUGACUGGUUGAUGAAAAAGGAGUGCGACUGCUAUGCCCAUCUUGUUAAGAUGGAUCGCGACUCGAAGAGUAACGCGCCUACACUCAUCCAUUUAUAUAAGAAAAACACGGUCUUAGGCAGAUCCUCUCAGUGUGAUGUGGUUUUUGAUUCUUUGAUCCACCCGAUGAGCAUAUCCAGAACACACGCUAAGCUUGAAAUAACAGAGGAAGGUAUAGUAAUACGUGACUCUUCCACAAAUGGUGUCUUUGUCAACAAUGAAAAGGUUAAUUUUAGAAUACUGAAAGACGGGGACAUCAUAACUUUAGCUGGUGGAAAGGGGAUUCAAAAUGGCAAACAUUUUGAACAGCCAAAUUCUCCAUUCAAGUUUCAGUACGUUGUGUUGAAGAAAGGCAAACGACCAAGUGCACUGUUGGAGAAUACCAGCGAGUUGUUGACUUCGACUUCUGAGACGUGUUUAGAUACCGUGUCUGAAGAGUACUACUCGAUGAAUUUGAGAGCAGACACCGUCAAAGGGAAUUGUACAUGUUCGAUGUGUAAGAAGCUCUUUGUUGUUCCAAUCACAUUAAAUUGUGGUCACACCUUUUGUUAUACUUGCGAUUUACAACAUGCCAUGAGAAAUGGAAAUAAGUAUGAGUGCCCCAUUUGCUUUGAACGAGCGAACAUAAGAUGUAGAUCAAUAGUCAUUGAGUCUGUAGUGCAAAACUUGUUGAAGUCUGAAGGGAAGAUGGAAGGCGUGUUGUUUGAAGAGCGUCAGAAGUUUGCAAGAAUGUAUCUUUUAAACACAGACACCAUUUAUGGAGACAUUUCAGUGAAGAAGUUGCCAUAUGGAAUGAAGAAAUGGACUCCAGAACAGACUAUAGAAGUGAAUAAUUUAAUGAAGAAAGUAAGUGGAAUUGAGAGAGAAAACUGGUUUGUAGCACUUGGGAUUACCAAGUAUGACUUAAUCAGAACAAGUCCAGAAGAAGUGAUUACUGUGUUGGACAACUUGAACAUCGAGUAUUUCGAAGAAGAUGAUGAAAAAACCAAAUUAGCACUAGUAUUUGCUUAUAUUAAUAAUUGA